UGCGCAGUCACGAACUCUCAGAGUUCCUCACUACUAACCUUCUGCCUCCGACGACUAUACUCAAUGUUGCAAAGGGACUUCAGACAGAAUAUGGAGAAGAACUCAAGGUGCAGAUGGCAGAACUAGAAAAGCUCCAAGCGCUGGUUCAAGGAGUCAAGGACCGGGUGAAAGCCACUCAACAAUCCAUUGUCGAAUGUCAAACCGUCUUGUCCCCCGCGCGGCGACUUACGGACGACGUCCUUGGCGAAAUAUUCUACAAAUGCCUUCCUAAACAUCGCAACUCACUUAUAUUGCCGUCGGAUGCACCUCUACUCCUCACGCAGGUGUGCUCCUCGUGGAGAGCAGUAGCCCUGUCCUCCCCUCGUCUCUGGUCCCGGCUCCAUGUAUCGUUUCCAGGAAACAUGCCGGCUCCCAAGAGGGAAGUCGGCCAUAGGGCAAUGUACUCUAACCUCGACCUUUACACCCAAAAGAUAAUUGCUGCGUACCCUUCGGUGAUGGCCAAGCGGCGUGAGGCAGUGGAGGUGUGGCUAAAGAGAUCGGGUUCUUGUCUCUUAUCGAUUUCCAUCAUGUACCCCCUCCUCCACCCAGUUCGCGUCAAGCAACCGAUCGACACCCCAACGGAAGACUUAUUCGACACCCUUAUCCCUUUCUGCGGACGAUGGAAGGAUCUUGAACUGACUAUGCCAUACAGUGUGUAUUCGAAAUUCCAAGCCAAAUUCACGCUCGACAAGGUCCCAUCACUCACCCAUCUCAGAGCGUAUAUUCCUGACCGCCGAAACAGCCGUCCUGAAGACGCGACGAAAUCAGCGAUCGACAUGCCACUGCUGUCUGCCCCCACUCUGCGCUCUGCAUCAUUAUAUCUUCCCACUAUGGGCACCGUCACCUUCUCUGCUCUGAACAAAAUGAUGCCGGUAUGGGAGCACCUCACGGAAUUAUUCCUUUAUGCCUCUAUCCUGGACACGGACCUGUGGCGAUUCCUCGAUGCGUGCAAGAAUUUGGUCGCGUGCCGAUUUAUUGUCCACUCUCGAGACCAGUGGGGAUAUGAUCUAGCGGGAAACACCCCUCAGCUCACUUCCACGAACGAAGACGAGGCCCAAGAGCAUGGAACUAUAUUUCUCCCGCAUCUUGAACUUUUCGGCAUCACGGAUGAUGGCGUCGACAAAACCAUGUCCUCCCUCUACAGAUCCAUCGAGGCGCCAUCUCUGAAGCACGUCGACUAUCGUCGAUCCGGAUUCCGGGAAUACCUCAAUACCCAGGCUGACAGCGGACAGCCGGCAGAGAGAAGAAUAUCUCCAGCCAUUGCAUUCCUCGAAAUGGCGCAGACAAUUGAUAGUUUGGCCUUCGAACCGCGAGGGAUAUCGGAGCAGGAUGUCCUUACGAGUCUGAAAAAAACAAACAGGCUUAGACAUCUGGCGCUAGGGAGAAGUUCGCUCGCCGACGAUGACAGCACGCACCGUGGCACCUCCCGAUUCCGUCUGCCCCGCGACAAUUUCUUCAUGGAGCCAUUCAUCGUGCAAGAAGGCACAUCAUUGGAAAACGGCGACGACAUACCCCUUCCUUAUCUGGAGACUUUCGAAUCCCAUAUGCCCUUCAACGUCUCUGAUGAGGAUCUCCUCAGAUUUAUUCGCAGCCGGCUUGGGCGCGCAGCGGCUCAAAGCGGGGUGGCUCCGCUCCAGAGGGUGAAGGUGUAUUUCGAUAGGACGAGCCAGGCCGACAUCGCAGAGGAGGUGCGAAAGUGUGCCGAGGAAGCUGGUCAGAAGAUUGAACUCGACUUGGACUACGGACCUGAGGAAUCGAUAACGAGGCGUCCGCUCUCAGUCAAAUUCGGCAUGAUGGAGAGGAGUGAGAGGUCGUGGAUAUAUCCAGAUGGCGACCAUUGAC